GCGCCUGCUGAGCCCCCCACCCACUUCUGGCACAGUUCCUCCGCCCUUGCAGCAGCCAGGAGGAGGCGGCAGCCCCGGCGCCCCAGGCCCCGCCCGCCCAGGGCCCUUCCCGGGAGGCCGGGAGACCUGCUCCUCCUGGCCCUCCGUGGGUGAGUGCUGGCGGCCGGCGGCGGGUGGGGCCUCCGCGGGCGGAGGUACCGGGAGCGGGGGCGACGCCUGUCAACGCUCCAGGCCUAGCAGGAGGACUCGCCAACAUCCCUGCUGCUGUGCUCGGCCCCGGGCGUGCCCGUGGCUGCUCCCACUUCUGGGCCUGUGCUGGGGCCGCCCGGGGGCUCUGCUUUCUUGGCACUGCAGACCCGGCAGGCAGAGUCUCGGACUAGGCUCUCUGUCCUCGAGGGCAGAAUCGUGGGGCGGAAGCUGGCUGGUUGACCCACAGCGGCCACGGCCAUGCCCACCUGGCCCUGGGGGCUGCUGCUGACCGCAGGCACGCUCUCCGCUGCACUGAGCCCAGGGCUGCCGGCCACCGCCGACCCCUGCUAUGAUGAGGCGGGUGAGCCCCGCUGUUGUAUACCAGGCCUAGUGAACGCUGCUCUGGGCCGAGAGGUGCUGGCGUCCAGCACGUGCGGGAGUCCGGCCAAUCGAGUCUGCGAUUCCUCGGACCCGCAGCGGGCACACUCUGCAGACCUCCUGACCUCUGCUCCGGGCACUGCAAGUCCUCUCUGUUGGCGCUCCGAUUUGCUGCAACGGGCACCCUUCAACGUAACCCUCACGGUGCCCCUGGGGAAGGCUUUUGAGCUGGUCUUCGUGAGCCUUCGCUUCUGCUCAGCUCCCCCUACCUCCGUGGCUCUGCUUAAGUCGCAGGACCAUGGCCGCAGCUGGGUCCCCCUGGGCUUCUUCUCCUCCAGCUGUAGCCUGGACUAUGGCCGUCCGCCUGCUCCUGCUGAUGGCCCUGCUGGUCCAGGGCCAGAAGCCCUCUGCUUCCCAGCCCCCCAGGCCCAGUCUGAUGGUGGAGGCCUUCUGGCCUUCAGUGUGCAGGAUGGUAGCCCACAAGGCCUGGAUCUGGACAACAGUCCUGUGCUCCAAGACUGGGUGACUGCCACCGAUAUUCGCAUAUUACUCACAAGGCCUGCCACACUGGGGGACAUGAGGGACCGGGAAGUCACAGUCCCUUACUCCUACUCAGCCACUGAGCUCCAGGUGGGAGGUCGAUGCAAGUGCAAUGGGCAUGCCUCACGGUGUCUGUUGGAUAGCCAUGGCCAACUGAUCUGCGACUGCCAGCAUGGUACAGAGGGCCCCGAUUGCAGCCGCUGCAAGCCCUUCUACUGCGACAGGCCAUGGCAGCGGGCUACAGGGCAGGAAGCCCACGCUUGCCUUGCUUGCUCCUGCAAUGGCCAUGCCCGAAGAUGCCGCUUCAACAUGGAGCUGUACCGACUGUCGGGCCGCCGCAGUGGGGGGGUGUGCCUCAAUUGCCGGCACAAUACUGCUGGUCGCCACUGCCACUACUGCCGGGAGGGCUUCUAUCGUGACCCAGGCCGGGUCCUGAGUGACCGCCGUGCUUGCAGAGGUGAGCCUACACCUGCAUGCCUUCAUGUUCUACUUCCCCAGAACCCUGACGCUCCUCUGAACGAGCCCCUCGCUCUGUUCUCAGCUUGUGACUGCCAUCCAGUUGGUGCUGCUGGCAAAACCUGUAACCAGACCACAGGCCAGUGUCCCUGUAAGGAUGGUGUUACUGGCCUCACCUGUAACCGCUGUGCCCCAGGCUUUCAGCAGAGCCGUUCUCCUGUGGCACCCUGUGUUAAGACCCCUGUCCCUGGACCCACUGAAGAAAGCAGUCCUGUGGAGCCACGGGGUGAGUGGACACCGGAGUCUCAGACUGGUAUGACCCUGGAGAAGGGGGCUAUAGCUAAAACAGACCAGUGUGGGGGAGAGGCAUGGGACUCUGCUAGCCUCCACUCUUUCCCCCUAGACUGUGAGUCACAUUGCAGACCUGCGCGUGGCAACUACCGAAUCAGCCUGAAGAAAUUCUGUCGGAAGGACUAUGCGGUGCAGGUGUCAGUGGGUGCGCGGGGCGAGGCCCGCGGCGCGUGGACACGCUUUCCGGUAGCAGUGCUUGCUGUGUUCCGCAGCGGCGAGGAGCGCGCUCGGCGCGGGAGCAACGCGCUGUGGGUACCAACCCUAGACGCGGCCUGCGGUUGCCCGCGCCUCCUACCCGGCCGGCGUUACUUGCUGCUGGGGGGCGGGCCCGGGGCUGCAGCUGGAAGCACAGCGGGCCGGGGACCCGGGCUCAGCGCUGCCCGUGGGAGCCUCGUGCUGCCUUGGAGAGACGCCUGGACUCGGCGCCUGCGGCGGCUGCAGAGGCGCGAGCGGCGGGGGCGCUGCGGGACCGCAUGAACCUGCGAGCUGGGCGUGGACUGGGCGGGCACUGCUCUUAUCACUGGGCGUGUUCAACAGUGCCUUAGCCUGCUGGAAGUGUCACGUGCGUCGCCAUCUAAUUUCCCCCUUCCUCCCCAUCCUUGCUUUUAACUUCUUUGGCGACACCCCACCCCCAACAACAGAGGAGUGUGAAGGCCCCUAAGAGCUACCUGGAGGCUCCGAGGGUAGUCGUCACCCUCAGAGGACCCUGAUCUCAUCACCCUGGCUGCCUACUACAAGGGGUAUCCUGAUAUCCAACAUCUCUUAAUGGUUGUGAACCGCCCCACUCCCAGGGGAUGCUAGGACCCUUCUGGGGUUUGAGCACAUCCCACGGGUCACUGAUUCAUUAACUCUCCGAUGCUGUGAUACCUUAGAGUCCUCCGACCUCCCCAAAGUCACUGUUGCCACCAUCGACUCCCUGUACACCGCCGUGGGGGUCGUGGUCCAACCGCACAGCCACGACAGCGACUUCUCCGCCUCCAACCAGGAUCUGCAAAGAGUACUGUGGGCUCCUCCCGUAUAAGGAUGGCUGCCUCUGUCCAACACCGUGGAUCUUGUCCCCA